ACUGACACUGUCAAAGCCUGUGGGAUGAUGCAGCCCGUUUACAUACCAAACUUGUGUUUGAGCGCCAAUUCAUGUAAAUCCUUGUUGUGUUGUUUUAACUUCUCACGAAAAUGAACGAUAGCUUUGGUGCUGGUGGCUUCAAUACGACCACGUCCGGUGGUGCCGGAUCAGAGAACAAGGCAGAAGGCGUCCUGCCGCUCGUCAUUCAGCAAGUCCUGGAAUCGACAGACGGCGGUAUAUCUUUAUUCGGUCACCAGUAUGCGAUGAUUACGCUUGUGGCAAUCGUACGUAAUGUCGAAUAUUCAUCUACCAAAGUCACUUACCAGCUGGAAGAUCAUACAGGUCAGAUUGACGCACACUUCUGGUUGGAAGAAGAUGGAGCAACCAGCACUCCCAGUGUUGUUCCACAGUCGUACGCUCGCGUCGUUGGAUCCGUCCGCAAUCAGGGCGGUUCGAAGGCGAUCAUGAUAUUCAAGAUCGAUCAGAUCAACUCUCCGAACGAAGUUACCACCCAUCUGCUAGAGGUAUUGCACUCCAGGUACAAAGGGGAAGAGAACAACAAACGCAAGGCGGAAUCCAAUUUCGAUACCAACGCAAAUGCCACUUCGAACGGUGGAUUUAUGGAAUCGGAUUCGGUUGGUGCAUCGUUGGGUUUGAAUGGGAAGCAGCUGGCGGUGUACAAAGCAAUUAAAAGCCACGUCUCCGAUAUCGGUAUCAGUCGUAAGGAGUUGCAGGCCAAAUUUACUCACAUCAAUCCGUCAGAGAUGCAGAGCAUUAUCGAGCACAUGGCACAGGAAGGAAUGAUAUACACCACAGUCGACACCGAGCAUUUCUUUUGUGUUGACGCAUAAAGAGCAAUUGUUUUUAUGCGUUUAUUCAUUACAUGUUUCUCAUUCCCAUUACUUUAAAACAAAGAUUGAAUUACUACUCUCUUAA